AGUAGUAGUCUCGUCGCCGCUGGAGUGAAAGCAGCCGAACAAGAUCGGUGAGCCGGGAAGGCACAGAUCGCCCUUCGCCAUGCUCAGGACAGCCCUCGUGUGCUGCAUCUACCGAUGUCGCCUGCAUUACCUCGCACUCGUUGUCCUCUGUGCCACCAUAAUUGCCUUCGUGGCCGUCGCAAGACUACCUGAAAGUCGCCCCUCGCCAAGGUUUUCCAAGAUCGUCCUUUACGUCCACCCUCAAAGUCACAAUGUACCGGUUUCGGGUAGCGGCUACCAAAACAGCACAGUGACGGGUACCCUGUUUGCCAAAGCUCUGAACGGCUCCAGUUCCUCCAAACUGUUCCUGACUACCGAACCUGGCCGGACCCUGACACGGCGCCAGGCGUGCGUCGUUCAGUCUGCCGCCUUGCACAAUCCCAUCUUCAACGUCCAUCUCCUCUUGCUCAGUCAUCCCAGUCAGAUCCCCGUUCCUCUGGACUCGCGGGAAGACUCGCUCUUCUUGAAGCCACUGAGUCGAAUGAGGAAUGUCCACAUUUGGAACUUGCAGACAACGGACUUGUUUCUAGGCUCCUACCUCCACAGUUGGCUCGAGAGGGGCAUCAGCGGACGCCCUGACCAUCUAAUGGACGCCAUCAAGGUUCUGGUUCUCUGGAACUUUGGCGGGACGUUUCUGGACCUGGAUUUCCUGGUCUUGAGAUCCUUCCAGCACCACUUGGACAACUCGGUUCUCGAAUACGGCGGGGGAUUUCUGACAACGCGGUUCCUCUCGUUCGAGAAGGGACAUCCCCUACUCGGGGUCUGGCUGAAGGACUUUAAUUUGAACUACUCACCCGACGAAGUAGUAGACUUUGGAAAUGUCGUGCUUACCCGAAACGUUCGAAACCUGUGCAACGUUUCUUCGUUGGACGAAGUGGGAAAGAGGCGCACUUGCAAGGUGGACGUAAUCCCCGGAAAGCUCUUCUACCCGGUGCAUCGCCGGGAAGCGGACGACAUCUUCUCGAACGACAUCUACUCGCCCGAUGCCAGUCAGCACCUGAUGUCUAGGACGGUGAACAGCUACGCCAUCUGCCUUUGGAGUGAUAUUACGAGCGGCAUCGCUUACAAGCGGAACUACGCACCGUCUUAUGUGGCGUUUGAGAGACGACAGUGUCCAGAUAUUGCCAGACUGUUACCUUGCGACGACACGUUUUGUCAUCCUUAAUUAUCGUCGCUCGCGUCCGAACAAGUCGCGUCUAGUCUGGGAACCGAACUUUUCCUAAAGAAGGAGGGCACCUAAUGGUAAGGCUGAAACGGAAAAAAAUUAGCACAGGUGACCGACGACAGGAGUCGUCAAAUCGCGACACGCGGCGCUACUGUUCCCGAGCGCGCCGAUAGCGAGAGUGCCAGUCACGAGAGAGUUUUAGCAGAUCGUUUUUUCGCCCCGAUAACGACACCCGAUAACGACACCAUGCAUACCCAUGACUGCCGGAGACGAGAGGAGGUAACGUUAUCGGAGCCAAAAAACGAUCUGCUAAAACUCUCUACAGUCUCAACGGGGGGUGGCCGACAGAAAACAGCCCAUCCUAAAGACCGAAUUUCGGAAGCUAUCUUGUCCCUAAAUUUUCUGCCGGCCACCCCCGCGUUGAGACCUGGACUCCGCUCAUCGGUCACUUGUACUAAUCUUUUUCCGCUGCUACUGUACAUCCGUUAGAAACGCCAAGGGAAAAGAGGUAGGAGACACAACGGGAGACAAACGUGUAACACCGAGGUGAAAACACUGCCUUUGAAGCAAACGACCUGGAGAAUGGUGCAAGUCUAAAGCUGUUGCAAAAGUGCUAAUUAAUGUGUCCCCCUUUUGUGCACUUCAAAUAUAUUGAAGCGCCGGAGGUGAAGUAAUAAAAGUUGCUUCCUUCUUUA